AUGACGUUCUGUUCUCUUAAUCGGGUACUAAACCCCACAUCAAUUAGCUCUGCUGGCAAUUUUGCAUCUUUUUUAUUGCUGAGGUGGGCUGUCAUAUCAGUUAAGGACUGUGAGGAAUGUUGUCAAGUGUUGACAGCGGGCUUUGUCAAAUUAUUAGAAAAGAAAAGAAAAAAAAAAAAGUUUUACAAGGUUGAGGGUACAGACACGGUGAGGAGUGAGGAGGAGGAGAAGAAUAUGGCCCACGUUUUGAAAGUGAGGCUCGCGUCGUUCUUCGCUGGAGCCGCAACGGCGUCAUUGUUGGGGAUCUAUGUCCUUUACAAGGAUUACAAGGUUGCCCACCAAGCCAUCUCUCAACAGAUGAAAGGCCUCCAUGAGUCACUUGAUAGAAGGAUAUCUGCUCUUGAAAAAUUGAAACAAACUGAAGUGUCACAACCCGUGCCUUUGGGCACAUUACUGUAGUUCGAUGUUGUGGAUGGAACAUGUUCAUUUUCUAAAAGCAAUUGGUUUCUAUGCAGUGCUUACUUUCCAGCCUUUUCUGAGAGUAAUGUUAUACUUUAGAGAUUGACAAACUUGGCUAAAUGAUGCAUAUUUUUGCAUUUUGUACAUGAUGAAAUUAUCAUUGGGUGGGUGACAGACAAGUGUGGCGGUCCAUGGAACUGGAAGAAAGACGAGACCAUCAUGAUGGUUUGGCUUACAAGUUUUAUAGAACAUUUUGCUGAGCGUGUGAGAUUAAUAAGAGAAACACAUGAUGGGAUUUUGUGGUAA